AUGGCGGCACUGCCGGCGGGCCACGCGAUCAAUGUGAACGACCCUCAACUUAUUUCGCUCGUCAACAGGCUGCAAGAUGUGUUUGCGACUGUUGGGGUACAAAACCCUAUAGAUCUUCCUCAGAUUGUUGUCGUUGGUUCUCAAUCCAGCGGUAAGAGUUCAGUGUUGGAAAACAUCGUUGGGCGGGAUUUCCUACCUCGUGGCUCUGGUAUUGUCACUCGACGUCCUCUCGUCCUUCAGCUCAUCAAUAGACCCUCUCCGGAAAAACUACAAACCAAUGGAGUCGACGAGAAGGAACUCGCAGGGGACAGUCAGGCAAACGUGAACGAGUGGGGAGAGUUUCUACACAUUCCUGGUCAAAAGUUCUACGACUUUGGCAAGAUUAGGGAUGAGAUUGUCAAAGAAACAGAGGCUAAAGCUGGACGAAACGUUGGUAUCUCUCCUGCUCCAAUAAACCUACGAAUAUACUCGCCCAAUGUCCUUACUCUUACUCUCGUCGAUUUGCCAGGUUUGACAAAAGUCCCAGUCGGAGAUCAACCACGAGACAUCGAACGACAGAUUCGAGAUAUGGUUCUUAAGCAGAUACAGAAACCAAAUGCGAUUAUUUUGGCUGUUACUGCUGCGAACGUGGAUUUGGCUAACUCAGAUGGCUUGAAAUUGGCAAGAGAGGUCGAUCCUGAGGGACAGAGAACGAUCGGUGUGCUUACCAAGAUUGAUUUGAUGGACCAAGGCACUGACGUUGUGGACAUUCUUGCUGGUCGAAUCAUUCCUUUACGACUGGGCUACGUCCCUGUGGUCAACAGAGGUCAAAGAGAUAUCGAGAACAAGAAGAGGAUAGAUCUGGCUUUGAAGGCCGAAAGGGAGUUCUUCGAGAACCAUUCAGCAUACCGAAACAAGGCUUCAUACUGCGGUACUCCAUACCUGGCUCGCAAGCUGAAUUUAAUCCUGAUGAUGCACAUCAAGCAAACACUGCCCGAUAUCAAAACGAGAAUUAGCACCUCACUUCAAAAAUAUCAUCAAGAACUGGAACAGCUGGGAGCUGGUGAUAUACUCGGAAAUAGUGCCAAUAUCGUUCUCAACAUUAUCACAGAAUUCUCAAAUGAGUACAGGACAAUAUUGGAUGGACAAAGUCCGGAACUUUCGAGUAUGGAAUUGUCUGGUGGUGCCCGAAUAUCCUUUGUUUUCCACGAACUCUACUCAAAUGGUGUCAAGGCUAUAGAUCCAUUUGAGCAGGUCAAAGACAUUGACAUCCGAACCAUUCUCUACAACUCUUCUGGAUCGUCACCAGCACUAUUUGUUGGGACAGCAGCUUUCGAACUUAUCGUGAAGCAGCAGAUCAAGCGAUUGGAAGAUCCUUCGUUGAAAUGCGUCGCUCUGGUCUUCGACGAACUGGUCCGAAUCCUCACACAGUUGCUGGCCAAGCCUUUCUUCAGGAGAUAUCCUCAGCUGAAGGAGAAGUUCCAUACCGUGGUAAUCGCCUUCUUCAGACGGUCGAUGGAUCCUACCAAUUUCCUGGUGAGAGACCUCGUUGCCAUGGAGGCGAAUUAUAUUAACACUGGUCAUCCGGAUUUCCUGAAUGGACAUCGAGCGAUGGCUAUGGUCAAUGAUCGCCACAACGCAGCCAAGCCAACUCAGGUCGACCCAAAGACAGGCAAACCUCUCCCACCAUCUAUUCCACCACGAGCAGGCUCACCAUCUCUACCUACUGACGGCACCGAUGCCGGCAACUCUGGGUUUUUUGGCAGCUUCUUUGCGUCCAAGAACAAGAAGAAGAUGGCAGCUAUGGAACCACCACCAGCUACACUAAAAGCAUCAGGUACACUUUCGGAACGCGAGAACCAGGAAGUUGAAGUGAUUAAGCUCUUGAUCAACAGCUACUUCAACAUCGUCCGACGCACAAUGAUCGACAUGGUACCGAAAGCGAUCAUGCUCAAGCUGGUACAAUCUACAAAGGAUGAGAUGCAGCGGCAUUUGCUUGAGCAACUAUAUCGUGCAGCAGAAUUGGAUGACUUGCUGAAGGAGAGUGACUAUACUGUCCGAAGGAGGAAAGAGGUGACCAGCAUGAUUGAAAGUCUCAGCAAAGCGAACGAUAUUGUCAGUCAAGUGCAGUAA